UUGCAUAGAAACGAAAACUGUCGGCGACAUAAUGAAACAUCUACAAACUUUUAACGUGUGGUUACCUAGCGUUAGCGUUAUAUAAGUGCGGAGAAUCAAAAAAACAUUUGCUUUUUAUCAACAUAGUAUAAAAAAGGCAGUGAGCGACAUUUGGAUGAGUACACCUGAUUAACAAAUGCUAUCAACGCAACCUCCGUUAGCGGCUUUAGCCCACUGGUAACAAGCGACCGCUGCCUCCUUCAGGUCUUCACGGUGCUUUGGAAAGGUAACCAAACAGUACGCAUACUAGAUUUUAAAAAGUAAAAUGUUCUAUAUGAAUAAUACUCUGUUCAGCUAGCAUCCGUUUUGUCGAUGUGAGAACCGACGAACCAGUGAAAUGAGCGACAUCAAGCCGAAUAACACGAUGUCAACCUCAGCUAACCCAUGGAAAGCUAGCUAACAAUCAUUCUCGUUGUCAAUAGCCGUCCGAUGCUAGCUCUGUUAUUCAGCUAUUUAUCAAUUCAGGUUGCCAAGCGGUGGCUGAUACAGUCAUCCUAGUUAAAGCGAGUUUAAAAGUUUAGAAAGAGAGUGAAAUGGCUGGCGACGCUGGCAGCAUCCCUGAACUGGACCAAAAGAAGUACGAUUCGGACGAACAAGUGAAGAUCAUCUGUCUGGGAGACAGCGCAGUUGGUAAAUCUAAGCUGAUGGAGAGGUUUCUUAUGGACGAAUAUCGUCCCCAGCAGUUGUCAACAUAUGCUUUGACUUUGUACAAACACAUCGCCACUGUAGGAAACAAGACAGUAGCGGUCGAUUUCUGGGAUACAGCUGGUCAGGAGAGAUUUCAGAGCAUGCAUCCGUCAUACUACCACAAAGCACAUGCAUGCAUUAUGGUUUUUGAUGUUCAAAGGAAGAUCACAUAUAAGAAUCUGGCCAGCUGGUACAAGGAACUGAGAGAGUACAGACCGGAGAUACCCUGCUGUGUCGUUGCCAACAAAAUUGAUGCUGAUUUGAAGGUGACACAGAGAAACUUUAACUUUGGGAAGAAGCAAGGACUCCCGUUUUACUUUGUGUCAGCGGCUGAUGGGACUAAUGUAGUUAAGAUGUUCAGGGAGAUGAUCAAGAGAGCAGUGGACUACAAGCAAAACCCCAGCGACUUCAUGGAUGAAGUGAUGCAAGAAUUAGAGAACUUUGACCUGGAGAAGAAGGAAGACCAUUCAGAAGCAGAGAGUCCCGAGUUAGUCUGACAGUUGUUUACAGAUCCUCCAAACCCUCUUGUCAUCUCAUGGAUAAGUUAUCCUCCUCUUGGGUUGAUGCUCAGUAGGCUCAUUUUUUAUCCUCAUGUCAUCUGUAGUGGUCUGCUUUAAUACCACUGGUCUGUAACUUUACCACCGUUGGUUUGGCAGACUGUCUUUUAGUCAGGUUUCAAGUCACUGCCCUCCAUCUGUCCAGUGUCAAUGGCAGGGAAAUAACCUGGUAGAGUAAUUACAUUUUUUUUCUUUUACCAGGUUCGUUUAGCUCAGUUGUUCCAAAACCUUUUUCUACAGGGCCCCCCUUUUUGUAAUUGUGACAUUUGGUGUAGAUACAUCAUCUUUAUGUUUACCUAGCAGUCCUUUGAAAACAAACUUGUCCAUGUUUUGCCACCAUGCGUAAGUUACAUUUAGCCCUUUUACUAUAUAUGUCAGGGCCCUUACUAGGGGUCCUGCCCAUCAGUUUGGGGACCACUGAUUUAGCUGCUGUUUUAGUCUUGUCAUUCAUACUUUAUCUAACAAUAUCUGCUAUAAUAAUAGUAGAAAAACCUACAAUGUGGCUGAAUGUUUUAUUUUAUAAUAAGAAUGUGAAGCAUUGAAAACUAACUUACACAGAGCAAAGAGAACGUGUGAUUAUGAACCACAUUGCUGCUGUUCUCGAUGUUUGUGUGUAGUGUUGUGAGCAGUGCCAGUGGGGAGCUGCAUCUGUUGGCUGAUUUUGUUGCAUUUAUUUUAUGAUGUAAAGUCUGUUUUCAGCACCCUUUUAAAUGAAAACUUAAUGUACCAUGUAACCAAAUUGUUAUCAUGUGUCUCUUUCUGACUUGCUGUGAUCCAGCAGUGGGCACAAGGGCAGUAAGUAGUUAACUUCAGCAUAUUAUAAGAUACAACUGCAUGUCAUACAUGAAUGGACAUCAGCUGUAUGGACUUGUUGUGAAAUUCUCACUCAGCUGUGUCAAUGAUGGGUUUGAGUUGGGUGUAUGUACAUUCAUUCAUAUUAGCAGGAAUGUUGCCAUGAAGAACAUUUAACCAGUUUUGGCAGAAAGUUACACUCUAUUUAACACAUCAUUCAGU